UCUAACACAUAUUUAGACCUCAUUUUAUUCUGAAUUAGUUUAAAGGUGGAGAAUAAGGGAAGAAAGAUGCAUGAGAUAAUCUCUAUUAAAAAAAAAAAUCAGAAGUUGACUUUUUAAAAGGGCUGGAGGCUUAAGAAAUAAAGGUGAUAGAAAGAUGCAGUGAGUACUCGGAACUGGCAAGUCAGAAACUCACUGCCAAGUAUGUCUAUCAGCCAAGUAAGAAACCCGAUCAGCUACAGUUGGCACAGCAAAAGUGGGCCAGAGCUUAGGGGAAGCCAGCGGUCCUGACACAAGACCAGGAAGAAGUCUCUCAGCCUCUCUUGUAAUCUUCAACGAGAAAACUAACAUCCCCUAGACUACCUCCUAGGGCAGGCAGAGCAGCCAGCAUCAACAGUCACAGAGCAGAGCCAAGGCAAUUCCUCCUACCCCAGGCCCAGGAAGCUCAGGAGCUCGUUCAACCCAGCAGCAGGUGAAGUGUGUGUGGAUGCCACACAGACUCCAGCCACUCUUCAUAAACACUCUUUCUCCAAGGCUUCUUUUCAGCCAACACAAAGGCAAAGACCCUAAAGUUACACUGUCUGUCAACUACUGGGAAUGCAGCCGCUCUGUGCUGCUAAUUAAAUGCAGGAUCAAGUACUAACCAGCUGUGAACACCCACGGCAGAGAAACAAGGAUUCGGCCACAUCUGUCCCUGACUCCAGCAUCUGGGACCGUGCUUCUCACUGCCAUCAGACCGGCAUUCCUUUACAUUCUCUGAUAGCACAUGAAGUCCCAUCACUAUCCCGAAAUUAAAUUGAUAAUUAAUUCUACUCCACAGACAUAAGAAUAACCGUAUAUGUACACAUACUUUCAAAAAGAAAUCAAUGUAAUACCCUAGCUAAAACAUGAAUAUAAUACCCUAGCUAAAAUAUGCAGCAAAAGAAACUGAUAAGGAGAUCAUUUGUAGUUCAUCAUUAACAAUGUUUUCCUGUGCUGUAGCAGCCGCCAUCACAGAGCAGUCAUGGCCCUGGGUGACUCCAUGGCUGUGGACCUCAACAAGAGCAAGGUGACAAAGAACAUCAGCGAGCCCGGACAUAGCCAGCACCGCAGCCUCACCCAUGACACCAAGUUCAUGUGGGACAUGAUCCAGGAGGUGUGCGGCUUCAUGCCCUACGAGCAGCAUGCCAUUGGACUGGUCAAGGUGUCCAAGGACAAGCACACGCCCAAGUUCAUCAAGAAGAGGGUGGGCAUGCACGCACAUGCACACCAAAAGGAAGAGAAACUGAGCAACGUGCUGGUGGCCAUGAGGAAGGCCAGGACCAAGAAGGGCUGAUGCCCCCGCCCCACACCCUCCCCAAUACACGUUUAUGUUGAAAACAAACAAAACACAAUGGUUUCCUGUGCACACAAUGGUUUGUGUAACGCCUGGAUUUGGAGGGAAACUAAGAUUUUAUUUCACAUGAGAAACACAAUAAUGUGCACAAAGCCAUGUAAAAAUGCUUCCUACAAAAAAAUGCUUAGUAUUCAACUUACUAUCAGAAUUAUUUGUAUAGGGAAAAUAUGUGAACUACAGUAAGGCUUUUUUUACAUGCACCCCCCCAAAUCCCUGCCAUGUUGAACAGAAUGAGGAGCAAUGCCAUUCCUGCUGGCAAAUUGAGUGCUCUGAAAAAGGGUGG